AUGGCAAUCCUUAUUCCGGCGAGUUUCGGGCGGUUAACCGUUCCGUCGCGUGGACUGAGAGUCUCUGCUUCUGCUAAUCCACGCACUUUGCGUCGCGAUUCAGUGGAUUGGGUCAAGGAAACUUCAAGCUUUUUCGAAGAAGACAAGAGGCCGAUCAUGUUGUUCGACGGUGUUUGCAAUCUCUGUAAUGGUGGCGUGAAGUUUGUUCGAGACCAUGAUCAAAACAGGAGCAUAAGGUUUGAAGCAUUACAAAGCGAAUCGGGAAAGAAACUGUUAAUGCGAUCAGGAAGAGCUCCUGAUGAUAUCUCAAGCGUCGUUCUUGUAGAAAAGGAUAGGUCUUACAUAAAAUCAGAUGCGGUUUUGAAGAUCAUGAAAUACAUUGACUUACCAUUUCCACAGCUUGCAUUCUUUUUGCAGUUUUCUCCUCUGUUUGUGAGGGAUUUUCUGUAUGAAAAUGUUGCAGACAACCGGUACGCGAUGUUUGGUCGGUCUGAUUCAUGUGAGAUCUGA